AUGUCCGGACGUGGUAAAGGUGGUAAAGGUCUUGGUAAAGGUGGUGCCAAACGCCAUCGUAAAGUUUUACGUGAUAACAUCCAAGGUAUCACAAAACCAGCUAUUCGUCGUCUUGCUCGACGAGGUGGUGUUAAACGUAUUUCUGGAUUGAUCUACGAAGAAGUUCGUGGUGUACUCAAAAUCUUUCUUGAAAACGUUAUUCGUGAUGCUGUUACAUAUACAGAACACGCCAAACGCAAGACAGUUACAGCUAUGGAUGUUGUAUAUGCACUCAAACGACAAGGUCGUACACUCUACGGUUUCGGUUCAUAA